GUGCAGGCGGACGGGCAGUGAUUGGCAGGCAGGCGGGCAGGGAGGGGGUAAAGCAGGGGGUGCGGACAGCAGGUGCUGACGCUGGAGGCGAUUCGGAGGUGGAAGCCGAGCUGCGGCCAUGGUGAAGCGCAAAAGCUCGGAGGAUGUGGAGCGGGAGUGCGGCCGCGGUAUCCCUCUGCCCAUCCAGACCUUCUUGUGGCGGCAGACCAGUGCAUUUUUGAGACCAAAGCUGGGAAAACAGUAUGAAGCCUCCUGUGUGUCUUUUGAGCGUGUGUUGGUGGAAUGUAAGUUGCAUGGUCUCUCACCUGCACUCUCUGAAGCCAUCCAGAGCAUUACACGUUGGGAACUGAUACAGGCUGCCCUUCCACAUGUACUCCACUGCACUGCCACACUGCUGUCGAACCGGAAUAAACUUGGCCACCAAGAUAAGCUUGGUGUUGCAGAGACCAAGCUGCUUCAUACGCUGCACUGGAUGCUGUUGGAUGCUCCUUAUGAAUGCAAUAAUGAAACUACAGCUGCUUUCAGUACUGGUGGAGCUGGAUCCAGCUGGUCUGGGAGCUGUGGCGCUUUUAUUCAUCAAGUGGAGAAUCAGGGAUCUCCAGGCCAACCCAGGCACUACAAUGUCACCGAGGAUGAAGAGCACCCCAGACCCAAGUUAUUCACAAAUUCAAUGGCCACCGUAGAGCUCUUUGUCUUUCUGUUUGCACCUCUUGUUCACAGAAUUAAGGAAUCGGAUCUUGUGUUUCGCCUGGCUAGUGGCCUUGUGAUUUGGCAACCUAUGUGGGAGCACAAACAUCCAGAAGCACCAGCAUUCACUGCUCUUGUGAAGCCUGUUAGAAAUAUUGUCACAGCCAAGAGAACAUCACCCUUAAACAACAGAACACCACUGUGCAAUUUAGAUAAAGCAGGAGUAACAGGUUUUCAGGUGGUUUGUGAGACCAGUCAGUUGGAAUCUAUAGCUCCAGAAGGCAGGACACAGAGCCCACAGCUAAAUAAUUCACCUGAAGCUGCAGGUGCUUCCAAGGACAAAAGAGCCUCUAACUCCAGAGCUUCAUUAACUGUUCCACUGAGUCAGAGGUCUCGGUAUGCCACCUAUUUUGACAUUGCAGUUUUACGUUGUCUGCUGCAACCCCACUGGUCAGAGGAAGGUAUCCACUGGGCAUUGAUGUAUUAUUUGCAAAGACUUCGACGGAUUUUGGAGGAGAAACCUGAUAGGCCGACUGAACCAGAGAUAAGCCAUUUGCCCAGACCACGCAGUAGCUCCAUGGUAGCAGCAGCUCCCUCUCUGGUUAAUACCCACAAAACACAGGAUCUUACUUUGAAAUGUAAUGAAGAGGAGAAGUCACUGAGUUCUGAAACAUUUGCAAAGUUGUCAGUGACAAAUCUCAGAAGGCAGGCUGUUCCAGACCUUUCUACUGAUCUUGGAAUGAACAUCUUUAAAAAGUUCAAGAGCCGUAAAGAGGACCGUGAACGCAAAGGCUCCAUCCCGUUCCAUCACCCAGGUAAAAAGAGGCAACGGCGAAUGGGAAUGCCUUUCCUCCUACACGAGGACCAUUUAGAUGUAUCACCAACACGAAGUACUUUCUCAUUUGGGAGCUUUUCUGGAACUGGAGAAGAUAGACGUGGUUUGGACAGAGGAGGCUGGCAAGCUACAAUACUGGGAAAAUUCACCCGGCGAGGCAGUUCAGAUACGGCAACAGAAAUGGAAAGCAUGAGUACUAAACAUUCCCAUUCCCAUCACACCUUGCUGAGUGACAUACCUGAUCACUCCAACAGUCACGGAGAUAACACGGUUAAAGAAGUGAGAUCACAGAUUUCCACAAUUACAGUAGCAACUUUCAACACCACUGUAGCCUCGUUCAAUGUGGGAUAUUCUGAUUUCUUCAGUGAACACAUGAGAAAACUAUAUAACCAAGUGGCUAUACCAGAAUUGCCCCAUGAGCCACUGGCAUGUGCCAACUUGCCCCGCAGUCUGACUGAUUCCUGUAUAAACUAUACCUGCCUUGAAGAAACAGAAAACAUGGAAGGAACUAACAAUUUUAUCAAGAAAAAUGGAAUGCUUGAUCUAACGGUCAUUCUGAAAGCUUUGUUUAUGGUGCUUAACCAUGAUAUUAGUUCUCGGAUAUGUGAUGUUGGGCUAAACAUUAUAGACUGCUUGCUGCAAUUGGAUGUAGUUCAAUUAGUGGAUAAGAAUUACAAAACUGCAGGAAAUAAGGAGAAUAAUGUAGGUGACAAGUGGCAGAAAGAUGCAGCCAAUCACCAGCGAGGAGCGCCAGGAGGGUCAUCCAGUGCGUUUCCAACUGCACCAGAGGAAGGCGUUGGAAGUGCGGCUGCAAGUGGAGGCAGAGGAGGUGGUGGAGGAGACGAUGGAAACAAAAAAAGCGGAAGUCUAGAGGAGGAGGAUGUCCCGGGGAACAUUCAUAAACUUACAUUAACAAUGCUCAUCAAAAUCAUAAAAUCGUUGGGAUGUGCGUACGGUUGUGGUGAAGGACACCGUGGCCUGUCAGGAGAUCGUCUCCGCCUUCAAGUACGUGAAUUCUGUUUAUGAGCUCAGAACUGCCUUACAAGAUUGUACAAACUUAGCAAAGUACAGUUUCGACAAACUCUACGAGAGUAUGUAAACAAGGAUUCAUUGAAUAACGUAGUGGAUUUUUUGCAUGCUUUGCUUGGGUUUUGUAUGGAACCAGUUACUGACAACAAGGCUGGGUUUGGAAAUAAUUUUACAACUGGCGACAGUAAAUCAGCUACACGGAAUAUGGAAGCAAUUAUUGUGAGCUGCAUGUUCAAACCUCUCAUCACCCGAUGUGCAUCAACUACGCAUGAAUUGCAUAGCGCCGAGAAUCUGGGUCUUUAUUGUGACAUUCGUCAGCUUGUUCAAUUCAUCAAAGAAGCUCAUGGGAAUGUUUUUCGAAGAGUGACACUCAGUGCUCUUCUAGAUAGUGCAGAAAAGGUAACACCUGGUAAGAAACCUGAAGAAACUGAGGAAAAGAAAGUGUCUGUCAGCAAAAGGACUGAUGGAGGGCCAGCCACUGAGAAAGCACAAGCCUCGGCAGCACCAGAUGAAUGUCGCAGUGUUAUCUCCAGUCGUCCUCCUCAGACCCCAGAACAUGAGGAACAAAUUCCAGGAGCUCUUUUGGGUCGAAAGGACUUUUGGCGUAAAAUGUUUAAAUCACAGAGCGCUGCAAGUGAUACGAGCAGCCAGUCCGAGCAAGAUACUUCAGAAUGCACAACAGCUCAUUCUGGAACCACCACAGACAGGCGCUCGCGUUCACGAUCCAGGAGAAUUUCCCUGCGGAAGAAGCUCAAACUCCCUAUAGGAAACUGGUUGAAACGGUCUUCAUUAUCAGGGCUAACAGAUGGCGUUGAAGACCUUUUGGACAUAAGCUCGGUGGAUAGACUUUCAUUCAUACGCCAGAAUUCAAAGGUGAAAUUUAAUAGCGCAGUGAAGCUUUCUGAAGGUGAGGGCCUAGAAGAUGGGCGAGAUGAAGAGGAGAACUUCUUCAAGCGACUUGGUUGUCGUAGUUUUGAGGAACACUUGGAAGCUAGUCAGGAAGGAAGCAAGAGUAAGAAUAUCUUGAACCUUGGGGCCAUUAGACAAGGCAUGAAACGAUUCCAAUUUCUUCUAAACUGCUGUGAACCUGGAACAAUCCCUGAUGCUUCAAUCCUGGCUGCGGCUCUUGAUCUGGAAGCUCCAGUUGUAGCAAGGGCAGCACUGUUCAUAGAGUGUGCCCGGUUUGUACAUCGAUGCAACCGUGGAAACUGGCCAGAGUGGAUGAAAGGACACCACGUUAGUAUAACUAAAAAGGGUUUGUCGCGAGGAAGGUCGCCCAUUGUUGGAAAUAAGCGUAAUCAGAAAUUACAGUGGAAAGCAGCAAAGCUCUUCUGUCAGUGGGGUGAGGCUAUUGGAACCAGGCUCAAUGAGCUGUGUCACACAGAGAGUGAGAGCCCAGCAAACAUACUCAGUUUCAUUUAUGAUGAUGAGACUAAACGACGUUUGAGGAAAGAAGAUGAAGAAGAGGAUUUCCUUGAUGACAGUACUGUUAAUCCCACCAAGUGUGGCUGUCCAUUUGCACUGAAGAUGGCAGCCUGCCAGCUUCUCCUAGAGAUUACAACAUUCCUUCGAGAAACGUUUCCUUGCUUGCCUCGACCACGUACUGAGCCUCUCGUUGAUUUGGAAAGCUGCAGACUUCGUCUUGAUCCUGAGUUAGAUCGACAUAGAUAUGAACGCAAAAUCAGUUUCGCGGGAAUUAUCGACGACGAACAAGAUUCAAAGGACUCACCUCACAGUAGCAGUCACACUCUUAAAUCAGACACAGCCUGUGAUGAGAAGAAAGGGCCUGUUAGAAAAGCAAGGCCAGGAGGUUCCCGUCUACUUCAGAUAAAGGGGGCACGAAGUUUUCGAGUAAAAAAAGGUGGAUCUUUGUCGAGCAUACGUCGAGCAGGGAGUUUGAAGAGCACAAAACUUUCACGACAGGACUCUGAGUCAGAAAAUGAAGAGCUUCUAUUGUCUCAAAGCCAUGACACUGUUACUGAUAUAGGUAGCCCUUGGAGCACUAGUGAACCUAGUAUUGAACCCGAAAGAUUGAGCACAGGAGGGACAGAAGAAAAUUACCACAGAAAUAUGACAUGGUUACCAGUUAUGAUAUUAUUAUGCAGCCAACAAAGUUUUAUCUGUUGCCACAUUGAUUACUGCCACCCGUGUUGCUACCAGCAUCACAGCCGAUCUUGCACUCGACUUGUAAGGGCAAUCAAACUCCUCUAUGGAGACACUGUUGAUACAGUCCGCGAUGAUGAUUCUGGAAGUAAAAUAGGGUUGAGACCCAAGAAAUCCAAAGAGUGUUCUGACAAGUCUUGCCUCCGUACACCUUUGAGGAAAAGGAUACCUGUUACAAGUCUGGAUGGGAAAAAGGAUUCUGGAAUGUUGAAAUAUAUUAGGACUCAGGUAAUGAGCCUGUCUCCAGCCCCUCUGUCGUUGUUGAUCAAAGCUGCACCCAUACUAACCGAGGACAUGUAUGGAGACAUACAGCCUGCAGCAUGGGAGCUUCUUCUCAGUGUAGACGAACACAUGGCUGCUGCAGCUGCUGCUAUGUUUCUGUUGUGUGCGGUAAAAGUUCCUGAUGCUGUAUCUGAUAUGGUAAUGUCCGAAUUUCACCAUCCAGAAGCAGUACAACGAAUCAAUGCUAUUGUGAAAUUUAACACACUCUGGAGAUUCAGGUACCAAGUCUGGCCACGGAUGGAAGAAGGUGCACAACAGAUCUUUAAGAUUCCACCUCCAAGCAUAAACUUUACAUUACCUUCUCCAAUUUUGGGUAUGCCAUCUAUACCGAUGUUUGAUCCCCCGUGGGUUCCUCAGAGCACAGGACGUGUACAGGACCCAAUCAGUGAAGAUCAAUCUAAAUCCUUUUCAGCUCGUGCAGUUUCCCGAUCUCAUCAGCGAGCAGAGCAUAUUUUGAAGAACCUGCAGCAGGAGGAGGAGAAGAAACGACUGGGUAGAGAAGCCAGCUUCAUCACAGCCAUUCCCAUCACACAGGAAGCAUGCUAUGAACCCAUUAACACUCCACCACCAGAAAUGGAGGAGGAAGUUGAGGAUGCUGCAAAUUUAGCUUCCCGUCGGCUGUCUGUUAGUCCAUCCUGCACGUCCAGUACCUCCCAUAGAAAUUAUUCAUUCCGCCGGGGCUCUGUGUGGUCAGUGCGAUCAGCGGUCAGUGCUGAAGAUGAGGAAGAUGCAACAGAGAACACUCCAACACAUCAUGUCUUGCAGCCUCCUCAAGCUGUAUUCCCUGCGUGCAUUUGUGCCACUGUGCUCCCGAUUGUUCAUCUCAUGGAGGAUGGGGAAGUACGAGAAGAUGGUGUGGCAGUGAGUGCAGUGGCCCAGCAGGUAUUGUGGAACUGUUUGAUUGAAGACCCUGCACUUGUUCUUCGCCAUUUUCUGGAGAAGCUCACCAUCAGUAACCGUCAGGAUGAACUGAUCUACAUGCUGCGAAAACUUCUGUUGAAUAUUGGAGAUAUGCCAGCUCAGACAUCUCAUAUACUCUUCAACUAUCUGGUUGGCCUGAUUAUGUAUUUUGUGCGCACCCCUUGUGAAUGGGGCAUGGAUGCAAUCUCAGCCACUGUCACCUUUCUGUGGGAGGUUGUGGUUUACGUCGAAGGACUUUUCUUCAAAGACCUGAAGCAAACAAUGAAAAAAGAACAGUGUGAAGUCAAAUUGCUUGUCACAGCCUCAAUGCCAGGCACAAAGACUUUGGUUGUUCAUGGACAGAAUGAAUGUGAUAUUCCAACACAACUUCCUGUGCAUGAAGAUACACAAUUUGAAGCUGUUCUAAAGGAGUGUUUGGAGUUUUUUAAUAUUCCUGAAGCUCAGUCAAACCAUUACUUUUUGAUGGAUAAACGCUGGAACCUGAUACACUAUGCUAAGACCUACGUACGAGAUAUUUACCCAUUUCGCCGUUCAGUCUCACCGCAGUUGAACCUUGUCCACAUGCUUCCUUCUAAAGGACAAGAACUAAUCCAAAAACAGGUGUUCACACGGAAACUGGAGGAGCUUGGGCGAGUGAUGUUUCUGAUGUCCCUUACUCAACACAUACCAGCUGUACACAAACAAUCCCAUGUAUCCUUGCUUCAAGAAGAUCUGCUCAGAUUACCAUCAUUCCCUCGCAAUGCGGUAGAUGCAGAAUUUUCCUUGUUUGCCGAUCAUCAAGGGAAAGAGCUGUUUGGACUUGAUACUCUUCAUAAGAGUAUGUGGAUCAAGCUAUUGGAAGAGAUGUUUUUGGGUAUGCCUAGUGAAUAUCCGUGGGGCGAUGAGAUCAUGCUAUUCCUGAACGUAUUUAAUGGGGCUUUAAUUCUCCACCCGGAGGACAGUGCAUUGCUUCGACAAUAUGCUGCUACAGCAAUCAAUACGGCUGUGCACUUCAACCACCUUUUCUCACUGAGCGGUUAUCAGUGGAUCCUUCCUUCCAUGCUUCAGGUCUAUGCUGAUUACGAAAGUAAUCCAUUGCUACGCCAAGCAAUUGAGUUUACAUGUCGACAGUUUUACAUAUUGCAUCGAAAACCUUUUAUCCUCCAGUUAUUUGCAAGUGUGGCGCCAUUGCUGGGAUUCUCAGAUGUAUCAAAUAAUGGAUCUUCGAAGAGUGUAUCUUCUCAAUGUUUGUUUGAUCUCUUGGUAUCCUUGGAGAACGAUACGCAAGACAUAUUGGAUGUACUGGAAUUAGUAAAAGCUGAGAAGCCUCUAAAAUCUCUAGAUUUCUGCUAUGGAAAUGAAGAUCUUGCCUUCUCCAUCAGUGAAGCUAUCAAGCUAUGUGUUACUGUAGUCGCAUAUGCUCCAGAAUCACUAAGAAGUCUGCAAAUGCUGAUGGUUCUCGAAGCACUAGUACCUUGUUACCUACAGAAACUAAAGAAACAAACCUUUGAAUUGGAGUCAGCUUCUGCAGCACGGGAUGAAAUCACUGCCAUUGCUUCACUUGCCACGUCUAUACAAGCUCUGUUGUACAGUGUCGAAUUGCUCACCCGGCCGAUGACGGCUCCUCAGAUGAGCAGGUCUGACCAAGGUCACAGAGGAGCUCCAACAGCCAACCAUGCCAUGUCUGGAGGAGUCAACACAAGGGCUGAAGAAGAAAUAAUGCUGUUGUCUAUCUGCAGAGAUAACCUACAUUUGUUGGAAGAGGGCCAGAGUCUUCCAACUGAAGAGCUGGAUGAACGCAUAGCAAGAGAGGAAUUCCGCAGACCUCGGGAGUCACUCUUAAAUAUUUGCACUGAGUUCUUCAAGCACUGUGGCUCAAGGUUGAAAAUUCUGCAGAAUAUUGCUGGAGAGCCAAGGGUCACUGCUUUUGAACUUCUUGAUGUGAAGUCACAUAUGAGGCUGGCAGAAAUAGCUCAUUCCCUUCUGAAGCUUGCGCCGUAUGACACCCAAACUAUGGAGAGCCAUGGUCUUCGAAGAUACAUUAUGGAAAUGCUUCCAAUCACUGAUUGGACGACAGAAGCUGUCCGGCCAGCUCUCAUUUUAAUCUUAAAGCGAUUAGAUCGAAUGUUCAACAAGAUUCACAAGAUGCCGACCUUACGGCGCCAGGUGGAAUGGGAAGCUGCCAGCAGUUUAAUAGAAGGGAUCUGCUUAACACUUCAGAGACAGCCGAUCAUUUCAUUCCUGCCACAUCUUAGGUCAUUGAUUAAUGUCUGUGUUAAUUUGGUAAUGGGUGUUGUUGGACCAUCGAGUGUUGCUGAUGGGCUCCCUCUUCUGCACCUGAGUCCAUACCUUUCUCCUCCACUGCCCUUCAGCACAGCUGUCGUUAGACUUGUUGCUCUACAAAUUCAGGCUUUGAAAGAAGAUUUCCCUUUAAGCCAUGUGAUUUCCCCAUUCACUAAUCAAGAAAGAAGGGAAGGAAUGCUUCUGAACCUUCUGAUACCAUUUGUGCUAACAGUUGGAACUGGGAGCAAAGAUAGCCCAAACUUGGAGCAGCUUGAGGUUCUCCUGCUGUUACAAACAGUAAUUAAUAUCCUUCUCCCACCGCGAAUCAUCAGUACUUCCCGUAGCAAAAACUUCAUGCUGGAGAACUCUCCAGCACAUUGUUCAACUCCAGGGGAUACUGCGAAGGACCUGCGGAGGGAAGGGUUAACUGAAUCAACAAGCCAAGCAGCUUACUUGGCAUUAAAGGUGAUCCUUGUGUGCUUUGAACAUCAUUUGGGCAGCCAGUGGUACAAGCUCAGUUUGCAAGUUAAAGAAAUGGCACUACGGAAGGUUGGAGGCCUUGCCAUGUGGGAUUUCAUAGACUUUAUAGUGAGAACAAGAAUCCCUAUCUUUAUUCUUCUUCGUCCUUUUAUACAGUGCAAGCUGCUAAGCCAACCAGCAGAAAAUCAUGAGGAAGUAACUGCUCGGCAUCACAUUAUAGACCAGUUGGAGCGCCGGUUUAUUCCAAGGCCACUCAGCAAGAGCUCACUUGUCGCUGAGUUUAACAGUGAAUUAAAAAUCUUGAAGGAGGCGGUACACAGUGGAUCAGCAUACCAAGGCAAACCUUCCAUCAGCACUGUGGGAACUUCCACAUCAGCUUACCGCUUGAGUCUGGCCACCAUGUCUCGUUCAAACACGGGGACAGGCACUGUGUGGGAGCAGGACAGCCAACCUUCUCAUCAGGCCUCUCAAGACACUCUAAGCAGGACUGAUGAGGAGGAUGGUGAAAAUGACACUGUAAGCAUGCCUAGUGUGGUUAGUGAGCAAGAAGCGUAUCUGGCCAGCAGUAUUCAAGGCCGCCGUCGAUUUUCCAGCCACAUCUCUACUAUGUCUGCUCCUCAGUCCGAUUCAGGAACUAGAAUUUUGCCCUGCCACAGUGAACCUAAUGUCCUCGAUGAAUCCCAGGGGCUGGCUGCUGAGAUUAACCUUUCUAGGGUUGCGAGUGUACAAAGUGAACCUGGUCAGCAGAAUCUUCUUAUCCAACAACCUUUGGGAAGAAAGAGAGGUCUAAGACAGCCUCGGCGUGCUCUUCUCUCUCGACCCAAGUUACAGACCGAUGUAAGAGGACGACAGGGGGCACGGUUGUCCACUACCAGACGAGGCAUGCAGCCAAAAGCUAAACCUCUUGAGCAAAAGAGAUCAGUGACCUUCACUGAAAUGCAACAGGAUAGCAUGGUUGCUCAGCAGCAGACAACCAUUGUAGAAGGAAAGGAGAGUGCACCAGAGCAAACUGAGGGCAGUGCACCAGAAUCUGCUGCAGAGCCAUCUUCAACCCCCACUUUACCUGCUUCAGCAGCACCGCUUGCAUGCCCUUCAACUCAGGAUCUGGGCCUUCUUGAGAGCAGCCAGGUGAAGCCAACAUUUUCAGAGAGUGCACAUAAAGAUCGUAACAAAGAAAGCAUGGUGCAAAUACAGACACAGCCACUGGAACAGGUCUCACUCCUUCACAGUGAAGGCAUUGGAGAUCCUGAAAUAAGCGACUUACCUGAACAUCAAGAAGUGGCCCUGUAUAUCAGUGAAGAGGAUGGAACAGAAAAUCCUCUCCUUUCGGAUCCAUUAGUUGGGUCACAUGAUGAAUCUGGUGAGACUAAUGCAAGUACGGAUGAAUCCCACUUUUAAAACACUAUUCCUCUGGGAUGGAGAACUUUUCGUCCUCCUUCAUUGUAACUCAAGUUCCAUUAUUUUUUCAGUAAAUGUUACAAUCAGUAAUAUGUUCAUGUUGGCUAACUGACUAGUCUUGUGUAAACUGUGCUAUUGUUUAGAUCUUUUAACAAAAGUAUUUAUUCCUGAUGACUCAAGAUAACUGGUCAAAGUCAGAAACGUAUGUUAAAAUAUUGUCUGCUGGAAAACUAAUUUGGUGAAUUUCAUUCUCAUAAAUUACUUAGUAGUUUACAGAAUUUGUUGAUGUAAGGCAAAACAAUGUGCCAUCAUGCGAAUAGGGCAAGGAACUAUUCAUUAACAUUCCAAAGCUUGGCUGGUGAAUUACCAGCCAUAAAUGUAUUGCUUUAAUGAAGUCUGAUUCAUGGUUUGUGUGUCUCAAGUCUUGAUGGUCUGUUGUGCCUUAUGAGUGUAUCGUACUACAGAAGUGAACUAGUUUUAUGUGAAUCAGCUUAUAGAGUCAGAUCGUGUAAUACACAAUAAAGUAAAGUUAUUUGUCUUCCAGAUAUAACUUGUCAGGAUUUUUGCUAUUUCAGUCGAA